AUACCGUCAGCUGUUUCUCUCUCUUCUUCAACUCUCUGCUAUCUGUCUCACUUCUCGAGGAGAAGAGAACCUCUGCAACGCAUUGAGCUCAUAUUCAAACCUUUGAUUUUUACAAAAGCAAUUGCUUCAGAAUCGUCGAGUGAUUCGUGGGUCUGUCCUCGAUUAUCAGCUCAGAUCUCUCUGAUCGUAAUCUCUUUUCUGGACUUCAAUUGCCUUGAGAGGGAGAUGUGUACGUCUAUUUAUUUUUUAAAAAUGCACAUUCGUCCUUGGAGUUCAAAAAUAUCAUGACAAGGAAAUUGCCAAACUGUUCCUUCCUGUGUUGACAGUUUUGGAGGUUCUCUAUAUUCAAGGUUCCAUAUGCCUAUGACUUCUUAGUAGCUUAUAUGAUGGAAACAGCGACACAACCACGGUCAUUAAAACUUACCAUCAAGUUGAAGGGGGAUAAAAAUAUCAUCAAUUCUUCAACUACUGCUGGUCACUUGAAUAAUGUGGAAGGAGAACCCAAUGCUUCAAAUAGUUCAAAUCUCCCAGGUAGCCUCACAUCCUCUCCUCGGGAUCAUGUUGAUUGUAGUUCUGCAGAAGGGGUGGAAAAUCAUAGCACAGAGGAUGAAAGAAAUCCAUCUUCUGAGAAUUCUAAAUAUCAGUUGGUGCUUUAUGAUCCUUCUGUCAAUGACGCUGGCAUUACUGAAAAUGAACCGGAUCCUAUUGAUUAUCAGCGUCCUCCUUUCCAAAGACCACAUCCAUUCUCGAACCAGACCCCAAGAGUUUUGCCAUCAAUAGGGGCCUUCACUGUUCAAUGUGCUAACUGUUUCAAAUGGAGGCUCAUUCCAACCAAGGAAAAGUACGAGGAAAUAAGAGAACAUAUUAUGGAACAGCCCUUCUUGUGUGAAACAGCUCGUGAAUGGCGCCCUGAUGUAUCAUGUGACGAUCCUCCUGAUAUAACACAAGAUGGCAGUAGGCUUUGGGCAAUUGACAAACCCAGCAUUGCUCAACCACCUCCUGGGUGGCAACGGCUUCUGAGAAUCAGAGGUGAAGGAAGCACCAAGUUUGCAGAUGUGUAUUAUGUUGCACCUUCAGGCAAGAGACUUCGUUCCAUGGUGGAAAUUCAAAGGUACAUUAACGAACACCCAGAGUACAUAGAACAAGGGGUUAGCUUGUCACAGUUUUCCUUUCAAAUACCUAGACCAUUGCAAGAAAACUACGUGAGAAAGCGUCCUGCUCGUGCUACACCUCCAAAUGAUGCCGACGAUCUUGGGAUGCAUAGAUAUCUUCCACCCUCAGAAGUUGAUCCCAUAGCAUGGGUAGGUCCCGAGGUGGACACGGAGUUGCAGCUCAGUGGCCCUGGGCUUUCCACCGACUACUCUGAGGGCCCUUGUCCAAAUCUUGAAAUUCAAUCAGCAAAGAAGAAAAAGAUACCGUCUAAGCGUAAGUCCAAUGGUGAUUUAGUUUAUAACCACAACGACGUCAAAAUAGAAGAGCCUCACCUGCUUUGAUCUGGUAUUUGUAAUGUCCGAAGACCCAUUAUCCCGAUUUGCAAGAUUACCUUCUGCUUACUUAUUUGCAACUGAAGCUAGUGCAAGUACAAUCGCUGCAACGAAAUACAUGUGGUUUUCAGGAAACUAUUUGGAGCUCCUACAUUUUUCACCGUGUAGUUUUAUGCAAGUCUUGUGAAGUUGUUAUGGUAAUAUAUACACUUGGUGUAAGAAAAUUACGUAUCCUUUGUCCAUGUUGCUUAAAGUUUUAGUUGUAUGUACAAAUGAAGAGUGAGUGAAAUUCCCCUAGGUUUCGUGUUUCUACAUUUGUUUUCCCUCUCUCUCUC